GCUGAUUGGCUAAUGGAAAGGUCAGUCACAGUGGGUGCGUCUAGCCGAAGAGCUGUUAGAUUUCUGUCACUCUUAAUAUUCCUCAACAGAUGAUACACCUAGAGGAAACAUAUGGAUAUAUUAGAUCGAACUAAAGUGAAAAAUCUUAGUAAAAUGUUCGUUGCAACCGUUAAUUUAUGCGAUUAGCCCUUAAAAUGAGGCGGUUGCUAACGUCAACCAAGGCUGUGAUUGGUUGUUGCGGUUUUGCUAGGACAUGUGGGCGGGGCUUGUCUGAACAUCAACAAAAGAGAGGAAAGAGAAAGGAGGAGUAGAAAAGAGGAGAGAAGGCUGGAAGGAAUAAACGACAACAGACGACAGAUAUGUGGCUUUAACCAGAAAUAACAGUGUCUGAACUGUGGUGGGAAAACAAACCGUGAACAUGGAUGCCGUGCGGCUGAUGAAGGAGCUGAGGGUGAAUUAUGAGCAGGAGGCCAACUUUCUGCCCAGAGAGACGGGUCUGAACCUCAUCGUUUCUGCCCAGCAGAGCGGCGGCCAGAUCACAGCCAGGAGCCGGGAUGUGACCGUGGAGGAUCUGUGGAGCCUGACCAGCUUCUUCGGCUACAGCACCCAGAGCUUCGUCCAGGCCGUCAGCCUGCUGGACAGAUUCCUGGCCAUGAUGAGGGUCCAGCCCAAACACCUGUCCUGCGUCAGCCUCAGCUGCCUCCACCUGGCGGCCAGAGUGACGGAGGCGGAGUGCGACCAGACGCCGGCCGACGAGCUCAUCCGCAUCGGCCAGUGCCGCUUCACCGUGUCCGACCUCAGCCGCAUGGAGAAGAUCGUCGCCGAGAAGCUGCGCUUCAAAUCCAAAGCCGUGACCGCCUUAACCUUCCUGCAGCUGUACCACCAGAUCACGCUCACGCACGCCACCUACAGGAAGGAGACGCUGAGUCUGGAGAAGCUGGAAGCUCAGCUGAAAGCCUGUCUGUGCCGGAUCUCCUUCUCCGAAGCAAAGCCGUCCGUCCUGGCCCUGGCUCUCCUCAGGCAGGAGAUGAAGAGCAUCCAGUCAGACGACAUGCUGGAGAUCGCCUUCCACAUCCAGAGACACCUGAAGAUUCCCGACGCGGAGCUGCAGCGGUGGAGCGAGCGGGUGGCCCGCUGCCUGUCGGACUACGCCUCGCCCAAGUGCAGCAAGCCCAACCACCGGAAGCUGCAGUGGAUCGUGUCCCGGCGGACCGCGCAGAACCUGCACAGCCACCGCAGCGUCCCGGAGCUGCCCACCAUCCCAGAGGGCUGCUGGGACGAGAGCGAGAGUGAGGACUCUGGUGAAGACGUGAUGAGCUCAGGAGACGAGUCUCUCUGCAGCUCCCUGGGCAGCGACGCCGAAGGCCCCUUCUUUCCGCUGCACCUGCGUCGUCAGUACCUCGCCGCCUGAAGGCUCCGCCCCCCCUCUCCCCGUCCUCCUCCUCUCCGUCCCCUUCACUUCCUGCCAUCUUCGUUUAACGCUCUGCCGCCGGCGGAGCGGCGCACAAACCUCUGGCAGCUGCUAGCUUUAGCUUGUAGCGGCGUCACAUUCCAGGAUGCAACGACUUCCUGGUCAGUUCUGGAGAAACUCUGAGUCAGCAGAACAGGCUCCAACAAAGACUAUUUGCCAAAACGUGUCGCGUUUGUCCCACAGAAUGUCUGUCUUUCUUUUGACUGUUAUUAACAUGCGACUGUUUUUCUGGAGCGCAGGAGGUUGAAGCAGCAGAUCGAGUCGUUUGUUUGUGUUUAAUCCCAAAUAUCAUCUGAAAACAGUAAAUCCAGAGAAAGCUGCUGCUGCUACUUUUUCUGUUUCCAACUUUAAUUUGCACAGUUUUUGUUUUGACAUGUGUUAGAAGGUGGACGUGUGUUUAGCGUACAUGUGGACGUGUGAACCUGCUAUGACGUAGCUUAGCUCAGUUUGAAGGUGAGGAUGUUGUUUCAGACUAAAUAAUGCAGAAUGUGUCAAAAAAAGUGAAAAAUGUUUAUAGAAAAACCUGUAAAACUGUAAAUGUGUACAAAAAAAUCUGUUAAUAGUUCUGUAGAUAGUGAGUUAUUUAUUCUGUUU